UCAGAGUAAAGGCUGGUGAUGCUGGUGUGGGAGAGGAUGCUGAGGGCACCAUAAAUGGGCUGGAGGCGGGGCAGCAUGACUGAUCUAUGUAACCCACAGUAAGAAGACGACAGUGACAGGACCUUAGAGCUUAGGCAUCAGGCCUGUGACGUGCUGAACUUGUAGGGCUUCAAACCUUUCUGUCUCUCGUCAGGGCCAGAGCACAACAGUUCUCCAGUGACCAAACGUCGGAUCUUCUCUGGUCACAGGAAACAUCACCUCAGGGCUUUCACAGGAGAGGAGAGGAUCUCUAUGGCAACCAAGUCGGCCUCUUGAACAGCUCUUUUUGAACAGCUCCGUCCAGGAAGAAACAUCCGGAACAAUCGAUAUCCGGUUGCGGCGGUACUGUGAGGAUAGUGACCUGGUGUAUGGGAUAUUGAUCCCAGUUUAUAUCAGUCGGCUUUGACUGAAGACUCUGACGACAGUCCUCUUCUAGAAGGAUUUUGUAUCACAGAUACAAAAGAGGGCAGAAGAAGACAACAAGAUAAAUAGUAUCUAUGAGAGAGAAACACCAAUGGAUCUGAGCAUGCUCCAAGCCCUGGAGAGAGAGAAGGUGCUGGAGGUUCUUCAGAGGGACAAACUUCUGCGGAGCAGAGAGGAGGACAGAAUCAGGAGACUGAAGUCGGAGCUCCAGGAUAUCAAAAGGAAGGGUGCCAAGAGCUUCUCCAGGCAGUACAGUGAGAAGACCUGCGCCCGCUGCCAAAGGCCCCUGGGAAAGUUCUGGAACUCAGGUUCUGUGUGCCGAGGCUGCAGCCACCGAAUCUGCAGCAAGUGCCGUGUGGGCGGGUCAGCCAUGGAUUGGAAGUGUACCGUCUGCCACGCCUACAGGGAAGUCAAGAUAAGGUCUGGUGAGUGGUUCCUGGAGGAGAGGGCAAAGAAAUAUCCAGCUGAACCAGAUAGACAUGAGACUGUCGGGGAGAAACUACUCAAGUCUUAUCAAAGGUUGAGUCACAUUUCAGUUGUGCCACCAACCCCUCCACCCUAUUAUGACGGUCCAUCUUUUAGCAGAUAUGGGACGCUGAAGAACUCUAAACCCUUCACCAAGUCCAUGGAAGACCUGAUGGCUUCCUUCACAAGUCAUAUAAAAAAGAUCUCCAAGUCUCAGACUGAUGUGCGAGACUCGGGGCUCCAGGACCUUCUCACGGUGACCAGUCGGCGCCAGAGCUUCUCUGACACAGACAUCAACAAAACCAACAAAUUAACCAAAGGCCCCAGUCUCCCCAGCCUGUUCAAGAAGAGCAAGGACAGUGAUCUGUCAGGGCCAGAGGAGGACACGUCCCUGGGGUCAAAAUACUCGGGCCAGAAAAGAGGAAGCACCAGCAGCACCAGCACAGACUGCAGUCUGUUUGAACAUGCCCAUGUGAGUGGAGACUUGGAGCUUGCCAUCGCUUUCAACAACAUCACUUCCUGCAUAGAGAUUACCGUGAGAGCGUGUAGAAACCUGACCUUCGGGGAUAUCAAGAGAAAGAAGUGUCAUCCGUAUGUCAAGAUCUACCUGUUACCUGACAAAUCUCAGAGUAGCAAGAUGAAGACAACCAUCAAGAGGAACACCACAGAUCCUGUUUAUGAUGAAGUUUUGCAGUGCCAGAUAGAGCGCCCCCAGUUGUCUGGGAGGACACUGCAGGCAUCUGUGUGGCACUCGGGUACUCUGAAGAAGAAGGUGUUUCUGGGAGAGGUCCUGAUCCCUCUGGGGGGCUGGAUGUUUGAGGACAGGGCUCAUUCAAGCUCUGUCUGCUACCCCUUGUGCCCCAAGCCUGAAGGUUCAGAAGGCUGCGUCCUAGAGCAGAGCCGGAGAGAAAUGCUUGUCCGAAUCAAGUUCAGCUCCUUGUCCCAGCCUUCCUGGGUUUGCAAAACAGAUGAGGAUCAGAUUGGACUACAUGAUGAUGGUCAACUGACUGUUCUCAUCACCGGUGCCAAAAACCUACCCACAAAAACAAACAGCAGCCAGAACACCUAUGUGAAAGGGUGCCUGGCCCUCCCUAGGUCCAGUGGCUUGCUCCAGAGGACACUUGUCAUGAAGGUGAAGCCCAGAGCAGGGUGGUCUCAUCAGCUGGUCUUCAGCCGAGUCACGCCCUCUGACCUCCUGGACUCCACCCUGCACAUGGAACUCUGGGGCCAAUCCCCCUUCAGCCUCCCUGACCGCCCAAUAGGUGUGGUCAAAAUAGAGCCAGGGUCGCCAUGGCAACUGGCAUUGCAAAUGCCCAACAAGUGGCAUGACUUCUGUCUGCCCAUCCAAGCCAAUAUCAACGUCUAGCAGAACACGGUGAUGUCCGAGUCUAUGGACGCACAAGCCCUGGUCCCCACUCUGUUUCUCUCUCUCUGUCCCUCUUUUUUACUGUUUCUCUCUAUCCCCUAAAUCACUGAGGCCCUAACCCUAACCCUCAACCAGUCUCUCCUCUCAGCUAGUCAUAUUCCAGCUGCAGAAUAUUUACACACUUCCCAAUUAUUGUUGUAAAGUACUAUGCAUAUGAAAAACAAAUAUGUACCAAAAUGUAAAAAAGUGAACACUGUCUUUCUGUCAUGACAUACGUUUUUAUAAUUUGUUAAAUAAUAAUUAAAGUAGAAUCCGUUAGACCUGUUAUAUUUCACAUUUUACACAGCCAAGAGAGGAAAUGCUAUAACACAGCACAAUGUAAUCAUAGGAGAUCUUUAUUCCCAAUAAUGUUAAACAACUCAUUCUCAUUACAACGUUUAAAUAAACGAGGAGCACAACA